AUGACAGCCCUCAGCCAAUCCGAGAAGCAGUAUCGACAGCUUGCCCGCAACAUCAGCCGCAGCGGUCUCGGGGUGUUCAUCUCAGGCAUCCUCUCCAUCAAGCUCCCGUGGCUGCUCAUGUCUGGCGUCUACAACGCCUGCGACCUGGCCCGCAACAUCAAGCUGCUCCGCGACCUGAAACGGGCCCUGAAGAGUGCUGGUAUCCGCAUCAAGAAGCGAAUCAUCGCCAGGGGCUUGAUCGAAGGCGCCGCGACCAAACUGAUGACGACGGUCCUGACGCUGGGUCACGAUGAGGUCGGCGCCGGCUCGAUGGCUGUUGCUUCGUGGCUGCGGCAUGCGGGCUCGUUCAUGGCAGAGCACGCUACGAUCUUCUCGUUCAGCUCGCCCAUCAGCACGUGCUCCGUGCUGGACUGGGACUCGGAGCAUCGACUGAACCACUCGUUAUUGGAAAACACGACUGAUAUUGCCAGUAGGCCCGUGAGCGUAACUCAGGAAGUGCUGGGCCUCGAUGGCGGGGCUGCCAGUGGGGAGCCAGCCGGCAAGGAGUGCGUUGAGGACGAACACCAAUGGGAAGAAUCCGGGGCUGUUGUGGCGGAACAGGUCCUGAUCGUCGGAGCCGUUCAGCUGGGCACCGAAAAGUUGAUUGAUGUCGUUCUGGAGAAGCCGUAUGAUCGGGCUGUGGACUACGAGUAUCGGAGAACGCGAGACAAGAUCAAAGCGUAG